AUGCCUCUCCUCCUCUUGCUGCUCCUGCUGCCAAGCCCCUCACACCUCCAACACGUCUGUGAGGUCUCCAUAGUGGCCAGCCAGGUAGAAGUGAACUGUGAUGAGAAGAAACUGACAGCACUGCCUCCAGACCUGCCAGCAAACAUAACCAUCCUCCACCUGGGUAAGAACCCUCUGGAGACCUUCUCCACAGCUUCCCUGAUGCCUUUCACUCGCCUCACUCGGCUGUACUUGGAUAGAAGCAAGCUGGCCAGUCUACAGACUGAUGAGAUGCUGCCGCUGCUGGAGACCCUGGAUCUAUCUCACAAUAUGCUGAAGAAGCUGCCCUCACUGGGGCAGGCACUACCUAACCUCAUUACCCUGGACGUCUCCUUCAACCAGCUGGACUCGUUGUCUCCUGGGGCUCUGGAAGGCCUGAGCCAACUCCAUGAACUCUCCCUGCGUGGCAAUAACCUGGCGACUCUGCCCCCAGGGCUCCUGGCACCCACAACCCAGCUGCAGAAGCUCAAUCUGGCUGACAACAAGUUGCAUGAGCUGCCCCAUGGGCUCCUGGAUGGGUUGGAGGACCUUGACACCCUCUACCUUCAAGGGAACAUGCUGCGCACGAUACCAAAAGGCUUCUUUGGGGACCACCUUCUGCCUUUUGCCUUUCUUCAUGGCAACUACUGGCAAUGCAACUGUGAGAUCCUCUAUUUCCGUCGCUGGCUGGAGAACAAUGACAACAAUGUCUACAUAUGGAAGGAGGGUGUGGAUGUUAAGGCCAUGACCCCCAACGUGAGCAGUGUGCAGUGUUACAAUCUGGACAAUAUCCCCAUCAGCAGCUUCCCAGGGAAGGACUGCCCCACCCUUGGUGAUGUGGACAGCGCAGAAGACUAUGAUGUCUAUUCAGAAGUGGACACUGAGGGUGCUAAGUUGUCUAUCACUGGGACAGUGGUCAAGUUCUCUAUCAACACCGAAGCCCACACAAUCCACUGGGGCCUACUCUAUCCACAAUCUCCUGCUUCUCUAGACAGCCAAAUUCCCUCCUUGCCUCCGACCCAAGAAUCCACUAAGAAACAGACCACAUUCCUAACCAGAUGGAUCCCAAAUUCCACCAUGUUCCCGGCUACCAAGGAAUACAUCACAUUCUCCAAAACCCCGAAGCCCACCACUAAACCCACCACAACCCCAACCACCCCAAAGCCCACCACAACCCCAACCACCCCAAAGCCCACCACAACCCCGACCACCCCAAAGCCCACCACAACCCCAACCACCCCAAAGCCCACCACAACCCCAACCACCCCAAAGCCCACCACAACCCCAACCACCCCAAAGCCCACCACAACCCCAACUACCCCAAAGCCCACCACAACCCCGACCACCCCAAAGCCCACCACAACCCCAACCACCCCAAAGCCCACCACAACCCCAACCACCCCAAAGCCCACCACUAAACCCACCACAACCCCAACCACACUCUUAGAAUCCACUACAAUGUUCAUCUCUAAAACUGCCAACACUUCAAAGGUCCGUGGAAUGGCUCGAAGGAAUUCGGAUAGCUUCAGAACUGACCCUUUCCUCAAUCCUGACUUUUGCUGCCUUCUCUCCCUGGGCUUCUAUGUCUUGGGUCUCCUCUGGCUCCUGUGUGCUUCUGUGGUCCUUAUCCUGCUGCUGACCUGGGUUCAGCACGUGAACCUACGGGCCCUGGACUCUGCCCAGCACGCUGCUCUGGCCACAGCCACGCAAACCUCACAUGUGGAGGUGCAGAAGGGAAGGCAAGUGACAGUGCCCCGGGCCUGGCUGCUCUUCCUUCAAGGCUCACUCCCCACUUUCCGCUCCAGCCUCUUCCUGUGGGUGCGGCCUAGUGGUCGUGUGGGGCCUCUCAUAGCAGGACGGCGGCCCUCAGCCCUGAGUCAGAGUCGUGGUCAGGACCUGCUGGGCACAGUGGGCAUUAGGUACUCUGGCCACAGCCUCUGA